CCAUUGUGAAUGUUCUCCAAACUAUGGGGUUCACAGAGCUAUUAAAGCCACAGUAUGGUGCAGCAGUUAUCAUUGAACUUCAUUCAACAAAUGACAGUGGUUAUGAAGUUAAGGUAUUGUAUUUGAAUAAUGCUUCUGACAGUGAGCCACAUGUUCUCAACACUCCUGGUUGCACAGACAAGUGUCAUUUGCAGCAAUUUGUAGAUCUGAUGAAACCUGUUUUACCAGAUGACUGGACAGUGGAAUGUCAAAAGCUAGACAGCUAAAUAACAGAUUUUCAGCAAAGUGAUUGUACACUUAUAUUAAUAAUAAAAUAUUUCAUGCCAUAUAUGUGAUUACACUGCCUCAUAAAAUUGUACCAUAUUCAGUGUGUAUCUGAUAAAUGUGAGAUUGCAUUUUGUCACUUUUU